GUCUGGUAUGGUCUUCACUCUAAUCCUUACAAGUCGCAUUUCCUCCUUCCUCUCUACCGCUACCGACCUGUCCUGAUUCACGCGGCUCACUACCCGGAAACACCGUGGUCCACCAGCCCUGCCGUCCGCCGACAGCGUCGCAGCCAACAAAUGAAACCCCCGGCAGACACCCAAAGUACGCUGGCUGAGAUUCCCGGUUUUCACCACUUAAAAUCUCGACUUUUAUCCUUCCCGCUGCAGGGCUCGUCGCGGUUUCGCAGGGUCUCCGGCCAAUUGCUGCGGGCGGUGCCACAUCAAACCCCAUCAAACUGGCCUUCAGACGGCCAACUCUUGAAUAUUCAGACCUCCAUUUUAUCAUCCUUCACGGCAUCUUCCCCGACCACCGCCAAUUCUUCCUCGAAAGUUCUUGGCCCUUUCCAACGUUUGAAGCCUUUUUUGACCCGGCGACACGGCGAGCGGCACGAGUAA